AUGCCUGAAAAUACACGAAUAGAGUUUGACAUCCUAGAUUCUCAUGGAACUGAGUAUCAUCAAUGGGUAUCCGACGUGCAAAUCACAUUCGUCGAAAAGAAGUUUACUACUGCCAUCAACCCUCCAAAAGAAAAAGAGGACCAAGCGUCCGAUGAGGUGAAAGCACAAGCCCUGAUAUUUCUCAGGCGCCAUAUGGACAAGGUACUCAACAAACAGUGCCUCAAGGAUAUAUAUCCGAGUGUUCUUUGGGAAGCUCUCAAGGAACGGUUUAAUAAUGUGCAUGACGCACGGUGGCCAACUCUUUUGGCGGCAUGGAGAUAUGUUCGUCUACUGGAUUUCGCCAAGGUUCAUGAUUACCAUCAGUGGAUGUUAAAUCUCCAGGCAGACUUAAAUGUGUGUGGCAAGGAGGAAACUGAUGAUGACAUGAUCGAGAAGACCCUAGAGACUUUCCCAGAAUCUGCGAGUGAAAUAGCUCACCAAUAUAUCACCUUGAUUAUGAGGCCAAAAGAAUCAAGAGUUUAG